ACUUAUUUGAUCUUAUUUGCAGUGUGGUUUUAAGUCAUGAGUCAACUACCUAGAUUCUGGAACCUGGGAUGGUCUUCCUUCAUUGACUGGUGGAGUAGUCAGAGUGCUUCAGAGCAAGACUAUGUGACAACUACAGGACCUUCUCAACCCUAUGGUCAGCAGCACCUGAAUGAACCUCUUCUGGACCACAGAGAGGGUCAGCUCUUCCUGACUGAGGCUUUUAAAGUCAUCCUUGAGGAGGUGCUAUGUAAGGGCACAGACGUCAACGAGAAGGUGUGUGAGUGGCGCGAGCCAGAGGAGUUGGCUACUCUGCUAGAUCUGGAGCUGAGAGAGUAUGGGGAGCAACAGCACCAGCUGCUGCAGAGAGUACGGGACGUGGCCAAGUACAGUGUCAAGACCAAUCAUCCGCGGUUCUUCAAUCAGCUCUUUGCAGGGGUGGACUACCAUGCCUUGACAGGACGAUUCCUUACAGAGGCUCUUAACACUAGCCAGUAUACCUAUGAAGUAGCGCCAGUAUUCGUCCUGAUGGAAGACGAGGUACUCUCCAAGCUACGUUCUCUAGUUGGGUGGGCACAGGGAGAUGGCAUCUUCUGCCCAGGCGGUACCAUGUCUAACAUGUAUGCCAUGAACCUAGCACGCUAUCGGGCCUUCCCAGAAGUUAAACUUAAGGGGCAGUGGGCCCUCCCUCGACUGGCUGUCUUUACAUCUCAAGAGAGCCAUUACUCUGUGAUGAAAGCAGCUGCCUUUCAGGGUAUUGGGACAGAGAACGUGUUUAAGGUCAACGUGGAUGAUAGGGGUUGCAUGAUUACAGAUGACCUUAGUGAGAAAAUUGAGCUGGCGAAAUCUCAAGGGGCAGUACCAUUCCUUGUCCACGCCACGUCAGGAACCACUGUACAAGGUGCCUUCGACCCCCUGGAGCCCAUCGCUGACAUCUGUGACAGACAGGGGUUAUGGAUGCAUGUUGAUGCAGCCUGGGGAGGGAGUGUUCUCUUCUCAAAGGAACACAGACAUCUCAUGAGAGGAGUUGAGAGAGCCGAUUCAGUAACUUGGAAUCCACACAAGAUGAUGCUGACUGGCUUGCAGUGUUCAGCCAUUCUGCUCAAGGACACCACGGACCUGUUGAAACGUUGCCACAGUGCAGAUGCAACAUACCUCUUCCAACAGGACAAGUUCUAUGACAUGAGUCUGGACACAGGGGACAAGUCGAUACAGUGUGGCCGUAAAGUUGACUGCCUGAAGCUGUGGUUGAUGUGGAAAGCUGUGGGGUCUCAAGGCUUGGAAGAGCGUGUGGACAGGGCUUUCGCCCAUACAAGAUAUCUGGUGGAGAAGAUGAUGAAAAGAGAGGGCUUUCAACUUAUAGGGAAGCCUGAGUUUGUGAACGUGUGUUUCUGGUUCAUACCACCCAGUCUAAGGGGAAAGGAGAACAGUCCAGACUACCAGGACAGAUUGUCAAAGGUGGCUCCAGUGAUAAAGGAGCGUAUGAUUAAGCAGGGUACUAUGAUGGUGGGCUACCAGCCUCUGGGUGGACGAGUCAACUUCUUCCGCAUGAUAGUCAUCUCUCCGCAGCUCUCCUACCAAGAUAUGACCUUCUUUCUGGAUGAGAUUGAGAGGCUAGGGAAUAAUCUAUGAUAGUCAUUCUAGUUAUCGCCUUGCAUCUCCAUUUAUGUCACUGACUCCUCUGGCUCCCAGAAUCUGUUUUCUAACAAUAAUAUUACUUGUUUUCUACAGUUUUUGGGGAAGCUACUUUGAAAAUAUAGUUUACUAAGCUACUAAUUACUUCACAAUGGAAUAAGUUAAGAUACCCUUAAGAAAAGCAAUUUACUUAACUAAAGUUACAUUGAAAAAGUAGCUCACUACAUACAAACUACUUUGUGAUAAAGUACAGUACCAGUCAAACUACACAUUCAAUGGUUUUAAAACAUUGGUGUUUUGUGGGUACUAUUUAAUGAAGCUGACAGUUGAGGACUUGUGAGGUGUCUGUUUCAUUAAACUAGACAUUCU